CGCAGUGCGCAGCCUCUGCCCCGCUCCCCUCCCUCCUUCCCCGCCCGCCUGCGGCAGCAGCUGCAGCUCCGCGUCCCGCCGGCCCGGCCCGCGCAUCAUGGCGCUGAGCAAUUUCCUCUUCGCGCAGUGCGUCUGCUACUUCCUGGCCUUCCUCUUCAGCUUCAUCGUGGUGGUGCCGCUGGCCGAGAACGGCAACGACUUCCACGGCCGCUGCCUGCUCUUCACCGAGGGCAUGUGGCUCAGCGCCAACCUGACGGUGGAGCGGCAGCGCUUCACGGUGCAGGAGUGGGGGCCCGACUCCGCCUGCCGCUUCGGCGUCUUCACCGGGCUGCUCUCGCUGCUGCUGGCGGCCGCGCAGGCCUGGCGCACCCUCUUCUUCCUCUGCAAGGGCCACGAGGACUCUUUCUUUUAUGCUUUCCUGAAUCUGCUGAUCAGCGCCUUUGUGGUUUUUGUCAUCUUUAUUGCCAGCACUAUAGUGAGUGUUGGAUUUAACAUGUGGUGUGAUGCUAUUACCGAAAAAGGAAGCAUGCCAAAUAGCUGUGAAGAAUUACAGGAUGUUGAUCUUGAACUAAAUUUAGAAAACUCUGCCUUCUAUGACCAGUUUGCUAUUGCACAGUUUGGUUUCUGGGCUGCUUGGCUGACUUGGCUGGGAAUUACCAUCCUGGCCUUCCUGAAGGUUUAUCAUAACUACAGACAGGAGGACCUUCUAGAUAGCCUGAUCCAUGAGAAGGAGCUGUUGCUAGGAAGAUCCUCUUCACGAACCUCUUUGCAGGAUGAGAAAAGCGGCAUGAUCUAACAUGCUAAGUGCAGGUUGUAAAUUUUAAAACUCAGCAUUGCAAGUUAAAGUCAAGUAAGAGAAUUGAGUGUGUGAGAUCAUUGCCUUUCUGAACAGAAAUUUAAUCUGGAAUUGCACAGUCCUUUACUAAGAAAUCGUUAACAGACCUAUUUCUGUUAAGAUAUAGACAAUGAACUGUAUGCUGUGCCAUUGAUUGACUUACUUUGUUGCAUGUAUUGGAAUCUGUUGCUAUUGGAGAUCUUACAUGCUUUCCUUGCCCGUUGUGAGAAGGGAAUUGUACUAGCAAAAUUAUGUGGGGCCAACCUUUUUGGCAGGUGUGCCACAAAUUAGCCCUGUGCCCUCCCCGAGUGCCAUUAUAGUCCCCUUCCCUUACCCAUUUAAGCUGCUCUGCUUUCUGUUCCCUGCCCCGAGCUUCUUGCCCUGUCUGCUGCUCUGCUUUCUGCUUCCUGCCCUGUAUUUCCUGCCCACCCUGCUACUCUGCUUUCUGCCCUACCUGCCAUUGUGCUACCUGCCCCAUCCCUGAUCUGUGUACCACACGCAGAGGUUGCGUGUGCCACACGUGGCCUGCAUGGUGCAAGUUGGCCACUCCUGUUCUAGACUGCCUCUUUAGUGUUUUCUGUACCAUGGUUUUAACAGAAUUUUAGCUAGCAUUGCUCUGAUCCAAGACCAGACAGGGCCUUUGUUACCUCAUUUGCUGAAUUUGGACACAAGGCUGAUGGUUUUGUAUUCCUGCUCAUUGGAUUUGGUUUAGAGCAUGUGGAGUGGGGUUCUUAGGUAGAUUCUUCAUAUUUGCUAGUUAUGGUGAACUGCGUAAAACAGUUGCUACAGUGUCUUGAAAAUACUAUCUUAUGGAAAGAUUGUAGAAAAUAGUUAUGCUCAUGUUUUAUCCUAGACUUUGGCAUGGCUAACAUUUAUCAGUGCUUUGUAAAAUGUAUUAUUGGCAAUAGCUAAAGCUUGCAUAGUAAGAAGAUUUUCUUAAUAUACAAUAUUAAUGCUUGCUCAUUCACAUGAUCCCUGAGACUAUAUUUUAUUCCACUUGAGUAUUAGAGUUUCUUCUGCUAUUUAUCUCCUGUAAGGUAUGCACAAUUGUUAUAAGCAGCUGCAUAUUAGAGGUAUGUAUAUAUCUAUCAGCACAGUGAACAGUAAACACAGCUUGGUAAUUAUAUAGCUGGCCCAUCUGUCAGUUGGGCUCUUCUUUCUAGCUUUAGCUGAGAAUUGUAGGGCUCCUUAUUUCUACCUUGAAAAGGGAAAAAAAACCAUUAAAAAUAAAACCUACUUAGCGAAUGUCAUGAAGUUAAUUUUACUUGGAAGGUACCCAGAUGACAGGGUGAUAUCAUUGGGAGGUGAGAUGAUAGGGUGAUAGGCAAGAAAACCCAAAACUAGAUCAAGCAGUUAAGAAUAGUGAUAAAUUGGAUGAGUCCAGAAUUUUCAUGCCAGAGAAUUGAGUGCCUUGCUAACAUCCACGUAAUAAUUAUCAGGCACAAUAUGAAUCUGUAGCCCAGUUUACUAGAGAGCUUCAGCAAACACUUACCUUUAUGCACGGGAAUAGUCCCACUGAGUUUUAGCUGGACUGCUCAGUGCUUAAGUGAAGCACUGGUUUAAAUGCUCUGCUGGAUCAGAGCCUGAAGGCAUUGUAGCCAUCCAGAGUAUAUAGUUUUGUUGAAUACAUCUUGCUGAGUUUCCAAGAAUCCAAGAGCCAAAUUGUUCCCAGGCAAUGGAGAAAUCUAUUUUGGGUAAUGUGGAACUACAUUAAUUUUGCAUUUGGAGGAAUUGUCCUUGGGAAAUUGCAAAUUUCAGAGUUCUAAGUGGUUCCCGGAGUCCAGACCUAUCUACACAGAGAAAUUGUUCCUUUGCUUUGAUUCUUUCCAGAAUUGAGCACAUUUCCCUUAGAGCUUUAGUAUCAUGGUGUUCUGUAGCUGCAACUUCACAUCAGGGGAAGGUUUCAAGAAGAUGGAGUUGGAGACCAAAUAUAUUAAUGCCAGAUCGAGGCUUAAAGUGAAAGGGUCAUCCAUCAAGUCCCUUCAGCACAUUUCAUGAAUGUGAUAAUACUGUUGAUUUCUUCAGUACUAUUUGUAUGCCCAAAGUAAGAGUCAUUUUUUAGCAACUUGCUGGAUGGAGCUAGAGUUAAUAUUUUUCCUAUGGAGCUUGGGGAACAGUGAUGCCAUAAGCAGCAAGAGUCUCCCCAACAUCUCCCCCUCAAGGCACCAGACUGUCAUGCUGGAAGUGUUUCUAAGGGGUCUGAGAGGAGAAAAUGCUGCUGUGUUGUUGAGGAUCUCCUCUGUGGCUCCACCCUGUCCCCUGUCCUGCAGUUGCAGGGCCCAUUCACUCCAGUCUGUUCUCAAAAGAAGAGUGCAAUAUUUGACUCAUAAUUUAUAGGAAGCUUAAUGUUUGAUGAUAGAGUAAGCAUAGGAUUUCAAAAGAGCAUGAGAGAGGCAGGAUCCCAAAUCUGACUGAAAUUCAGUAAGGCCCCCACUUCAGGUUCUCUGAAAAUCUCAGCCUUAAUCUCUGUAAUACAAACAGGUGAGUCAACUCCCCUGUUUAUCUAAGCCAACUUGCUUUCAAAACUUUGUGAUGGCUACUUAGGUUAUGUAUGCUGCUGUGGUGAACUGGCUGUGCCCCCAGAAACAUGCUUACACACACUGUGCUGCUCUCUGUGGGCUGCCUCCUAAACUGUGAGCCUCAGCGCUGCAUCCAGGCUAAUGAGCAAUGCUGAAUGAGCCAGUUAGCGCACCUGCCAGCUAAUUAGUGGGCCUGCUGUGCUAGGUAUUCUGGGUUACACUGCUUCUGAUAUUGGAGGCAUCCCACCCACAGUGUUGUGUGUGUCAUGGUAUCCCUGCAGCUCACAGGCAUUUUACUGUGCAGAGAAAGCCUUUAUGAGCCUUGUCAGACCCUAUGCUGUAAGCAGAACAAACAUUAAUCAGCUUAGUGCUGUUCAGCUUAGUGAAGCAGUCAUGUGGUAAGGCAAAAAACCUGCUUUAAACUGCCCCUCACAUGCACAGCUGUGACUUGCCCCUAGAGGCUAGGUGAGCAGAGGCAGGACCUAGGAGCUGGGGGAGGACAGUUUUGCUGCUUCUGCUCGGCAGAGCAAGUGCUGCAGCUCCAGAGUGCCUGGCAGUUGUGGUGCCUCACUGUCCCUCAGAUUGGCUCUGCUCCCAGCUCUAGUGAGCCAGUCUGCGGGGGAGAGAGGGGAGAAGAGCACUGGCUCCCCACUGCUGCUCGUACCAGCUCUCUUUCUGGUGUGGGUAGACCAAAUCAGCUCAAGAAGGGGGUGGGGGGGAGGCACUGCUUCCCUACUGCUACUCACACUGGUGGAGAGCAGAGCCAGUGUUAAUAACAGUGGGGAGGCGGUGCACCGCCCCAUGCUUGGACUGGCUCGGAGCUGGGUGCUUGGAGCUGGUCCAAGUGGUGGUGGGAGCCAUCAUGACUACCAGGUGCUCUGGGACUGUGGUGCUCGCUCCACCAGAGGUGCCCACUGCCUCCUGGGAUGCUGGAGGACUUCAACUUGGGCAGAAAAGCUGUGGAUAGUGGCCACAAGUCAAUGAAACAAGAGUAAAAUUAGAUGGAUUAAAGAGAAUCCUGCCAUGGAGUGAUGUAACAUCAAGCCAAAUAAUGAGUGCUUUAAGCCACUUAAAAGGUGUUAAUGUGCAGCCAGUCCAGCCAGAAGCUGCCUCAAGUUACCAUGGAACAAGGCCCUAUUGCUUGAGGGUAUUAUCCUCCCUUUCUAUUGCCCUUGAGUUUCAACAUGUGGCUCAUUGAGCCAAAUAUUGAAUUUUAAGCUAGCUUGUCAGGAAAAAAAGAUGCUGAAGCUCUGCUCUGGACCCAGCAACAAAUUCACUUCUACAUUGUUCAUUUCCCUUCCUUUGACCACCUUUACAUAAUGCUUCAUACCAAGAAGACAGAGGACAGAGUUUAGAAGCCAUCAAAUUAACCAAGCUAGUCUAAAGGAAGGGGAAGUUUUCAUCCAGAUUGUCACAAAGAGUUUAGUUGUAACCUCUCUAGGACCCAGGGGGUGGGGGGCAAAUAGUUUUUUCUUUGCACUUGUGACUAAUUGCAGAUGGUGAAAAAACUCUGUGCCAGCUCAUAAUCUAAAUCUGAAGUAUCCAAGCCAAAAUAGGUCUGCUGAGGUAAGGGCCAGGACUGUAAACAUGUCCCUGUGUCAGAAUGGCAACUUGAUUUUAUGGUAUUGGUAUCACAGCAUUCUACACUCUAUUUUUAUUAUAUAAACUGCCAAUCAGUGUUGAGUGGACUUUGAUAAUAAUGCCAUAUUAUACAUCAGAUGUCUUUGAUAUUUCAGAGGCAUAUCUAAUUUGCAUUCUCCAAAAUUAUGCUGGAGACGCCAGCUGUUAGCCAGGUUAUACAGUAAAUGUAACAAGAAAUGAAGAUCUUCUCUUUUCCCUUUUGGAGUGUGGUAAGAGGUUUUUGCCAUUGCUUCUUCCCUAGAUUUCUACUGUUACUGCCCAUAACAGAUACCAGAAGUGUGUAUAUACUAGAAUAGACUAGUUAAGAAUGCGGAUUGCUUUUAUACUGCUGAUAUAGUCAUUAUAGUUAAAAUCAGACUCAAGGGCCAUAAGUAGGCCUGUGUAAAAUGGUUGAUAAUAGCAUGAUAGAGUUUAUAUGAAACUUUAUUUAUGAAAAUGCAAAUUGUCACUAUUCUGUUGCAUCCCUCCACAAUAGCAACAGUGUAUUGAUGCACAAGAAACCUACCAAAUCAGAUACAUUCCAGAUGCUGUAGCUUUCACCCUUGCUCUUUUCCUGUUCACUCUUUGGCACUAUUGAUUUUCUGUGUUGAGAAAUCCUGUCUAGAAAAAUCUGACCUAGCUCAAAAAUAGCAAAAAUAUUGUAGUUUCCUUAAAAGAGAACAAAGGGAAAAUAAUUUAGAACAGUGCACUUUUAAAAGAGCUUCAAGGCUUGUGGAUUCUUAUUCCUUAAAUAUCCAAAGAACCAGCAGUGUUUUGCUUGUGAAGUUCCCGUGGCAUCAUAGACAUGCUUUGGACAUUGAGGGGUGCAUCAUGAUUUUGAGGAUGCUACAUAUUAAUUCCUUAGAGAAAUAUGUAAGUAACAAAUGGGGAAGGCUUAUCUAAGCAUGUCUUUAUGAAACUGUUUAGUAUCAGAGAUGUUGUUUAUAUAUGUAUAUAACCUAUACAGACACGUAUAUACAUAUAAAUGUGUGCCAUGCAAAAUGGGUUGUUAGGUUAAUGCCUGUGGUUAUACUAUGAGAUGGGUGUAAAAUAUCAUUAGAUUGCAUGUCAUAUUAGUUGUUGGGUAGCCUUAAUUUUCUGUGCUGUCUUUUUUCUCACUUGAUAUCUCUAUGAGUUAUCACACAGCUUCAGUGAUAGGAACAGUUGUCUGUCUUCACUUGUACAGGGAUUUUAUGAUUUAUAAAAGAUAGUAAUAUAUAGUUAAAGGGAAUUACAAGAAGAACACACUUUACUUUGUUUGGUUGUGUUACAUCUGUUUUAGGUCAAAACGUGAGAAUCCUAUAUUCCUUUGGAACAAAGUUCCUAAUGUAAUGUAAAGUUGGUUGGUCUAGGGACAUAGGCAGACAAGGUUCUUUGGGUAAAUCUGAUAUCUUUUAUUAGAUGAACUAAAAUAGUUUGGUCUAAUAAAAGAUAUCAGAUUUACCCAAAGACCCUUAUCUAUCUAAUGUAAUGUAUUUUGACUCCUAGCUGUCUAUUGACUUUUUGAUGUAGCUGAGUAACUAAUGCUAAUACAAAAUGGAGACACAUUGGAGUCAGCUAGUUCAAAUAUUUUCUUAAAAGCCUAACCCUUCAGUUGCCAAAAAUCACUAAAACUGUCUAGCGCAAAUCAUAAGAUUUCAGCUCAAAACAAGUUGCAGGUUUUUGUAAAUAAUAGUAAAUCAUUUAUAGAGAAAAAAUAAUGUAAUUUAUUGAAGAAAGAUUUAUUUUUAAUAAGAUUGCAGAUUGGUAGCAAUUGAGAGGAGAGAACCCAUUGUAACACUUAUUCGUGUUAGCUGAUCUGACGACAGAAUCUCAAACCAGAUUUUUUCUGAUGUAAACUGUUGUAGAUUCAUUCAGGUCUGCAGACUUAUGCUGAUUUACAUCACCUGAGAAUCUGGCCCUUUCUGUUUAAAGUUAUACUGAAUCCAUUUGAAUACAUGGUCAUUUUGUUUGUCACAUGCCCUUCACAGUUAUAUGUUCAGAUGUUUGGUUACAAGGUCAGGGGCUCUUGUGCUAAUUAACUGCAAUUGAUGACUAAUCUGGACAGUCUCUAAAGACUAAUUAUGUGCAGCUUUGGCCAUCAAGACCUUUUUGAACAUACUUGUUUUCUUCCUGUGGAGACGGCUCAUUUAUAGUAUACUCCAAAACCUGCUGAAGUCAAGCAAAGGUUUUCCGCCACCUUCAGUGGGUUUCGGGUCAGGGCCUGAUCCUGUAUUUUUGUGCACUUGAAGUCCCGUUGAUGUAAGUAGGGAAAAUAGGGCUCGCAAAGAAUCCAGGUCUAGACUUUCAGUUAUAUGGAGCCUGUACUGUAUUUCAACUCUCAGAAAUUCUGGCAGCUUCACACUCCCUUAGUGUGGCUGCUAGCAGUUAGCCUCUGCUGAUUUUUGGGAUGCAAGAAAUUAAUGACCAACUGCCACCAUGCUAAAAAUUGAUUUUCUGCAUCAUCUUUAAACCCAUAUGUCCACAUAGCUGUUUUCUAAAAAGUACAAUAUAAAAGGAGAGACCUCAAAACCAGAGUGAUCUGCCAUCUAUGCAGUGCAAACCAGGGAAUGCAGAUCCUGUACUCUGUGGUGAUCUGGUGUGUAAGCAGAUGCCUUGUUUAUAAUUUACCUCCUCCCAUGCCAACAUCCCAAACUUCCUAUAUAAAUGUUACUGCUGCCUGACUGGGGUCUCCCGUGUCUUAAUAGCAGCAAGAGUUUGGCUGAUCAUAGAGAGUGGUCAAAACUGUGGUCUUUUAUGAAGGUUUGUCUUGGGAUUGUGGUGAACUUUUGUUUCUUCUUGCCCUGCGUGCAAAUACAGUUGCAUUCCUGGGAAAGUUCAUAGCUGGAUCUUGAGAGUAAAUCUGCAUCUAGGACCAAUCCAUAACGUUUGCUGAUGCAAAUGCUCUGUUUGCUCUAAUUAGCAUGAUUGCUUUUCAAGGAAAGGCUCUGGAGACUGCUGUGCCCUUUUCAUACAUGUGCUCUGGCCAAGAAGACCAGCUUAUAGACAUCCGGUUUUUACUCUUGCAGGCAGUGAGAAAAUGUUCCUGUAACUAACCAGGUUGGGAAUCUGGUAUUAAAAUUAUUUCUGUCCAUGAUUUUCUACAUUUCUUUCCUAUUCUUUCUUUGCUAGAAAGAAAGAGCCUUUCUUACAUUGUCUUUUAGUCUUGACAGACAUGGGUUUGGGUAUAUCUCAAACAUUUGCAUUUUUCUUAAAGUGACCAGAUCAUAAUCAAUUGUUGUUCUUCCUAACACUGUGUUUCUAGCUGAGAAGGAUCAGGCAGCUUUUUAACUCUUUCAAAAACCUUUGUCAUGGUGUCUGAGAUGUUAAAUAACAUAUCCACAUAAUUUAUUACACAAAGUAUUUCAUCCAGCUCAACCAUGGAGCUGUUUGGCAGACAAUACCUAAGGAUUUUAUUUACUUGGAGAAGUAUUUAUAGCAGUGCUUCUUCGCAGAAUUCUGUUAAGUGAAGCUUUAGUUGUAUUUGUUAAGGACAAGAAUGUAAAUGUAUAGAAGGAUUCAUGUGAAUGUAUGUACACUGAUUUCUGUACUUUUCUACCUCUCAUAGUUGUCUAAAGCAACUUGGGUUUUCCAUGAUUGAAAGCACCUAAGUGACUUAGAAGCCUAGGUCCCAUUUUCAAAGGUAACUUGAGUUUCAAAGAUGGCAAAUUGAGUUUGUUGGUUUAGUAUUUGAACAGGAAGGGUACAAACGCACCUUUGUUUUGGCCCAAGCCAAAUUUAAAAGUGUUCAGUGUUUCUUUGAAAAUGAAAGAACAUAAUGUUUUAUUCACCUGACCCAUGGGUAGAACAAUGACGUUGGAGACUUAGUUCCAGUGCCUUCCCCGGUAUGGGGGGAUUCAGACCAUAUCCAUGACCGACCAGAAAAUUGCCCUAACCACCUGGCUAUAGAGGAUCCUGAAGCUGGAUCCUCUUCUGUCCCUUUUGUUGAAGCUGUUAGACAGUGUAAAGCACUAUUUUUUCUCACCUACCACAUGCCCCCAAAUAAAGCAUGCACUUUGGUUUUGAAAGGCAGAAUGUAGAAAAAAAGACUUUUCUAGAGUCCUGGCUUAGAACGAUCUUUUUCAUGAAAGUGCUACAGGAUGGCUACCAGGUUCAUCCUGGGACAGCAAGCAAGAGGGAUGGAGUGAAGUCUUAACCCUUUCAUAGCUGUGUUCAAAUUGGCGGUCAUUUUUGACUGCUUAUUUGGCUGCUCAGCCAACAAACUGUUGCUGAUUUUGAGAGUGGCUGUGAAGGAGUUAACACUGGACUCCACCCCUCCUGCUUUGUGCCCAGUAGAGAAGCUGGAAGCCAUCUUUCAGCACAGUGUCACCAUACUUCUCUUCCUCCAUGGUUCUACUUUAGUGAAGAAAAAUUAACCUUCCCUCUUAAGACAUGUGCCCCAAUUUUGGAGGGCUGUUUUCUGGGGAGAGGCAUGCCCAGAAUGCCCUCUAUUAGGAAGAUAAGGGCAGUCUUCUGUGCUGUGCUAAAUAUGGGUUCACAAGCAGCGGAGGUAUAUUGAACUUAGGUCUCCUAUGUCCUACACGAGUGCUCUAAUCACUGGGAUGUUGGGGUGCUCCCACAACUGGCAGUUUUGUGAAUCUAGCUCCCAUUUUUCCCCUUUUUUUGGUCAGUUGAGGAAAGGAUGUGGCAAUUUGACUCACAUUUAUGAAUAGCUUUUGGAUGGCCAGAACUGUAUUUUCUGAGCAAGGUUUAUUAUUCAUUAAAUAUUUUUGCCUACCUCUGCUUCUCUGACCCUUAGGGUCUUUUGAAAAUGUUAUCUCUGUCCUUGUUUCACUUUCGUAUAAGUCCACUGAAGUCAUGGGUAGAAAAAUCUCAUGCACAGAAGCUACCACUGGCAUUUCUUCAGUGAUACCAAUUAAGUUAGGUUAGUGGACUAUUAGACCCACAGAUUUUUAAGGCAAAAGGAAUCUCUCUCAAUUGUCUGUCAUGAUCUUUUCUGUAAUACCGUCUCUAGAACUUCACCCAGUAAUUCCUGCCAUGGAAGAAAUUAUUUUUCCCUAUCAUGUAUGUGAACAUGAACAAGUCCAAUAAUUUGUGGUUGAAAUGGGGUAUAUCUUUUACUAGACAUCAGGUCUUGAUUUAAAGAGUCCAAGUGAUGGCAUAUUAACCAUUUCCCUUGUUAAGUUUUUACAGUGGUUUUAACCCUUACUGUUAAAAAGUGUUAAAUGUUGACUUCAAUGAUACAUGAUCAUAUCCCCAAAGCCAAGAAUCACUCUUCUUGUUAUAUCAAGAUCAUAAUUUAACAAAAUCCUUUUGCAAAUGACUUCAAACAGCUCCUGCUGUGCAGUAUCUGUGUAAAAAUGACUUCAGUAGAGUUCACAACCACUGCAGAAGCAUGGCAUUGCACAAUCAACCCAUUGAAGGAGGGUAGGAAAUCCAGAAGGUUUGGGGUAUUGAUUCUGAAGGUACCUUGAGGAUGUUAAGAAGCAGUGAAGAUUUGCCCCCAGCAUGCUUUUACUCGUCUUAUUCAAAUAAUAUAUGAACCAAGCGAAUGCUUUGUUUCCCAGCCCAAACUGUGCGAUAUAGAAAUCAAUAGAUUGUGAUCUACUGCACUGUGAUAAAAGGUUUCUGCAGGCUUAUUUAAAAAAAUGAUAGCACUGACAUCUCCUUCCCCUGGCUCAUUUCAUCUUUAAAAACAUUCCCGCAAACCUUACAGCGGGUUUUAUUGACAUUGAGCUGAUUAAGCCUUAUUUCUUGUAUCUCUUUCUAUUUGAGACAGGACCUGGUAAGGGGCACUAGAGAGUGCAGCAUCCACUAAGUCAGAAGAAAAACUAAUAGCAAAGAAAAUUGUUAGCCUGUUUCACAUGAGGAAUCUGAACAUUCAGAUGAAGUUUCCAAUUCUCUGUAGAUAAACUGGCAUUCACUUCAGGCUUAGCUUUGUCCUUGUGGUCACUGCAGAUCCAAAUCCAAUAGCUUUACAUAUCGAAGGGUGAAUGAACCUUUUGGAAGAGUGCACUCAUCUGCACAUAGCUUUGAUAAUUCAUUAGCAGGUACGCUGAGCAUGGACAUAGUAAAACUCAUGGAAAUAGCACUUUUUUGAGUGAACAAACUGAAAUCUUUCUCACUGAUAGUCUCUGAAAGCUCUGCCUUUAACUUUGGCAAUUCAGUAUACUAAGAAAUAAUGCCUGGCUGGCCCCUCAACAUCAUAUAGCUGUUGAUUUAUGGAGUAAAACAGCAAGUUGUGCCAAAUCACUGUAAAUUUGCCAUUAUGAACAAAUAAAACAUUAACAAACUGAUUGUAGACUUAAAGGAUCAGUCUUUAGUGUGAUACUGCCUGCAAAGAUUUAAACUGUAUUUUUAUUGCUUAUGUCCAAUGCAGAGCCUGAAUGAAUUUGAGCCUCUUCUAAAUAUAUUGUCUUGUGAUUUAUACAGUUGUGAGCUAUGGCCUUUUUCUUGUAUCAAUUUAGAAAGAAAACCCCUUUGAAAAUGUACAUUAACGUUAUUUAAUCGUGCUAAAGCUGUCCUGCUAAAUUGAUGAUUUGGGACAAAAUAUUACCAUUUUUAUCUCUAAAAGCAAAAGAGGGUCAGAUCCUUUGCUGGUGUUUAUGGAUUAGCUCCUCUUUCCUUGGAGCUAUACCAUUUUAUACCAGUUGAUGAUAUAUCCCCCAAAUUUCUAAAUAUUAGCAUUCAUGCUUUGUAUUAUCUGUUGUGAUAUUUAAUACCUGCUGAUCUGGGAGAGAGAUUGCAUGCACUUCACAGAACCACCAAGUCUGAAUAAGCUUUAUUGUUGUUGAUUUAUACAGUCUUGAAAGGAAGUCAUUUUCUUACAUGUGGAAGAUCAUGGUUACUCUUGUUUAAAUAUAAUGCUUUGUAAACAAUUGGUAAAAUGAUUAUAAUAGGCCUGAUUCUUCUCCUAGUAAAACCAGUAGCAAAACUGGCACUGGUUGUGAGGGGAGCAGAAUUGGGCUCAGUAUAAGUAAAAUAUUCUAGUAUAAUUGAUAUUGAAUUAAUGUGUUUUCUAUUGAAUGCUUUAUGCUGGAAAGUGCAUUGGGCUUUUAUGAUUUAGUUCUAUAUACAAAUAAAUUCUUUGAAAAAUCAA